GGAAGAGAGAAAUAUUAAAGAAAGAGAAGAAGAAGAAGAGGAGAGAAUGAAGAAAUUAUACGAGGAAAUAGAUAAACUAGAGGAAGAAAGAGAGGGAACGGUAAGAGAAGAAACAGAGGAAGAGAGGGAGGAGAGAAGAAGACGAAGAAGGGAAAGGAAAGAAGAGAAGAGAAGACGGAGAGAACAAGAAAAGGAGGAAAUAGGGAAACUGGAGGAGAAAGAAGGAGAAAGUAAAAUAAAAGAGGAAACACAGGAAGAAGAGGAAGAGAGGAGAAGAAGAAAAGAGGAAAAGAGAGAAAGGAAGAGAAGAAUAAGAGAACAGGAAGAGGAGGAGGAGGAAAAGGCGAAAAGGAAAGAUAAAGAGGACAUAAAGAAAAUGGAAGAGGAAGAGGAAGAGGAGGAGAAAGAAAGAAAACGACGAAAAGAAGAAAAGAAGGAACGAAAGAGGAGAAGAGAGGAAGAGAAGGAGAGGGAGAGACUGAAGGAAAAUGAAAACAAAGACAACAAAUUAUGAAAAGGAAGAAGAGGAGAAGGAAAAAACGGAAGAAUAAACCAGAAUCAAAGGAAAACGAAGAAAGGAAAGGAGUAAAUGAAGAAAAUAAAGGACAAAGGAGAGAAAUGAUAGAAGGAAAGGAAGGAGAUGAUAAAAUAGAGGAGAAAGAUAGAUCGAAAAUAAGAAAAAGAGGUGACAUAGAAGAAGAUGCGAAGGAUAGAAUGAAAAUAAAGGAAGAGAAAGGAAAGGAAGGAAUAAAGGAGGUGGAUAAAGCAAGAAAAAACGAAGAAGAAAUAAAGGGAAAAGAUGAAAAGCGAAAUAUGAAAGAGAGUGAAAGAGAAGAGAAGACAAACAGAGGAAUAAGAGAAACAGGUAAAGAUGAGGAGGAGAAAAAUAAAAGAGAAACGAAAAACAGGGGAAUAAGAAACAGGGGAAUAAGAGAAACAGAUAAAGAGGGGAAAAUAAAAGUAAAAGAAGAAGAAAGAAGAGAAAGAGAAAGAGAAAGAGAGGAAACAGAAGAGAUGCCAAGAAUUGAAAUUAGACCCUACCACCACCAUCACCACCAUCAACAACAACAACAACAACAACAACAACAACAACAACAACAACAACAAACAUACAGGACUGUCACACGGCCCGCCACAUCACCAGAGGAAGGGUUGAAGACCACUCCUCUUCCUUCUGUAGGAGAGGAGGAGGAGAAGAAGAAGGAGGUGGAGGAGGAGGAGGAGGAGGAGGAAGACAAGGAAGAAGUGACAAAGGAGAUAAAGAGAAAUACAGAAGAUAAGAUGGAUAGAAAAGAGGAGGAGAGGAGGAGGAGGAAGAGGGAGAAGAGACUGAAUGAAGAAGAGAACAGAGAAGAAGAAGAUGACGAUAAAGAUACUAAUAGAAACGAAAUAAAAGACGAAAGAGAAGAAGAGAGGAGGAAGAGAAGGGAGAAGAAGAAGAGAAUGAAAGAAGAGGAAGAGACAAAAAUAAAGAAAACUAGAGACGAAGAAAAAGAAGGAAAAGAAGAAGAAGAAGAAGAAGACGCAGAACCAGCCAACAUUUCAAGACGUAGAAGAAGAAGAGAAACAGAGAAAGAAGAAGAAGAAGAAGAGGAGGAGGAGGAUGCCAAGAAAGAAGCAAACGGAAUAAAAAAUAGGACAGGAGGAGGAGAGAAGGAGGAGGAGAGACGGGGAGGACAGAAGGCACAGAGGAAGAGGAGAAGAGGAGGAGGAGGAGGAGAAGAGAAAAGGAAGAGGAAGAAGAAGCUAAAAUAUCAGAAAUUCUAGCUGGACAUCACGACGUUAAUUUUCUCCUCAGAUUUGAAGAGAUAAUUGAAGAGAGGAGGAGGAGGAGGAGGAGGAGGGAGAGCCUUGACACUUCCCUUCCUCCUCCUCUUAAGGAAGACACGGAGGAAGAGAGGACAGGUGAUAAAGAGGGGAAUAGAGUAAGAAGAAGAAGAAGACAAGAAGGAGGAGAUGGAAGAACACAAGAGGAAGAGGGAAGAUUAAGAAGAGAGGAGAAGGAGGAAGAGGAGGAGGACAGUGAAAGAGGAGAACGAAGAAGAAUAAGAAGAGAAGAAGAAACAGAAGAGGAACAAGAAACAGAUAACGAAAAAAUACGAAGAAGAAGAAGAAGACAGGAGGAGGAGGAAGAGGAAAUAGACCCUGAAAUUGAGGAGGUUUUCAAGAGACGAAGACAAAGACGUAGCAUCAGACAAGAGGAAGAGGAGAGGAGAUUGAUUCAGCAGGAGGAGAGGAAGAGGAGGAGGAAGAGGAUCGGAUCUUCAGAGGAAACCGAAUGUGUGUGCUGUCAGGUGAGGAAGAGGGCGCAAGAGGUGAACCAGAAACAAGAGGAGGUGAAGAGGAAGUAUCAAGAGUACUCAAGGGAACGAGGACUUAGAGAGGAUUUAAGUCUGCAUUUUCACGAGUGUUGGGAAGAAGAGGAAGAGCCAAACCAGCGUCGCCUUGUCGCCCCCCUCGUCUCUGCGUGUGUUCCUGCCACGUCACUUGAAAACUUGUCUCGCAUUCUGCUGUUCGUCGUGGCCUUGUCCUUUUCGGCGUCAGCGUUGUCUGGAUCUGCUGCUCUUUGUCAUCCUCGUCAUCUCUGUCUGCCGCUCCUCGUCACCACCGCAGCACCUGUGUCGCCCUCGUCAGCCUCGUCACCGGGGCGUGGUGUUCCUCGCCAUUACAGUGGGCUAGAUCUGCUCCGCUUCGUCAUCACCGUGGUCUGUAUUUGGCCUUGUUCGUCACCACCGCUGCACCAGUCUUGUCUGCGUCACCCUCGUCCCUGCCAGCACUCAGCACUCAGCACUCAGCACUCAGCAGCCAGUAGCCAGCAGCCAGCAGCCAGCCUCCUGGUCUGCCUCACCUCGCCCCCCAGCCACCACUCUGCCUGGUGGUGUCAUCUCGUGCAGCAGCAGCAGCAGGCAGCACAGGCGGCACCAUGUCGAUGCAGCUGAUGCAGUACCUCCUGGCGGACGCGCGGGAUGUGCGGGACUCCGGGCCGUCGCCCUAUGAGGGGGAGUCCAAUCUGGUGCUGGCCCUGCAGCGCCACGGCCCCAGCCACCUCGCCUCCAGGGACAAGACGCGCAACAGACUGUCCCUGGACCUGGAGAGGGUGCUGGCCGGCGCCCACACUUCCCCCAGCUCCCCCACCGCCCACAGGGACUCGCGGGUGGCGUACCGCCGCGCGGGGAGUGACCUGGUGCCCUCCGUGACGGCCAACAGACGCUCGCUUAACCUGGACCUCCUGUCCAGCCUGUCCCCCAGCCCCGGCGUGGCCAGGCUGUCCCCCAAGCUGUCCCCGAGCGCCGCGCCGCCCCGCCGCGCCGUGCACUUCAACAUCCCUGACAGCCCCGAGGCGGCGCGGCGCUUCCUGCAGGGCCAGAGCUACAGGCCGGGCACCGAGGCCCUCAAGGAUGCACAGCGCCGCAGGACUCGCGAGAGGCACGAGGACCCCCCCAGUGACGUGGAGGCCACGGGGGCCCCGUCCCACAGGAUCAAGGCGCUGCUGGACAUCACGCCCAAGGACUACGCCGAGGCGCAGCGCCUCAAGAAGAUGCUGAAGAGAGCCGUGAGCAGGCCAGACACCACCUUCGAGGACCUGAAGGCCUACAGGCAGGGCAUGAAGAGGCUCAGGAGGAUCGUGAGGGAGGAGCAGGAGAGGGAGAUACAGCAGCAGGCGCAGCAGCAGCGCGAGGAGCACCUGCAGCAACAGCACCAACAGAAACAGCGACAGCAGCUGCAGGAGUUUAUGGACAAGUACAGCCAGCGCACAUCUACCUAUUCCGGCCUCAGUUCGCCCUCCUACACAAGUCGCUAUGGCAGUAAUAAGGACACCAGCAACACGCCCACUGUGUCCUACCGCUCGGCCGUCACAAGGGAUCUCUCAGCAGCCCAGGACAGACUACAGACUGGCUACACCUCGGGAUCAGGUGGAAGCUACAGCCGAUAUGGCAGCGGCGGGGACAACAAGAUCACGCCCUCUCCCUCCCCCUCCCACGCCCCCUCCCCCGCCCCCCUACCCCCACACGCGUGCGCCCCUCGCCCAUCACCUCCCCCACCACGCCCUCCCCUUCGCCCUACUCCCGCCUGCCCUCCACCUCCAUGGACCGCUCAGGCUACGGCUCGGACGCUAAAUCCGGGUACGGGUCUGAUGUGAACCGCUCCGGGUACGGGUCCGGUUACGGCUCAGGCUACGGGUCUGGGUACGGUUCGAGUCGGUACAGCAACUACACGCGGAGCAACAGUUACCUGCGGGACUCCGGGGGGGCGAGGCUGCCUACCGCCCCGUGUACUCCAGAGAAAACAGUGACGGGGGUAGCGGCUGGAGGAGCAGGGUGUACGGCACCUCCCGCCCCCCUCCCCUCCCAGGCCAGAGCCGACCCCGCCCGUCACCCCCACCCGCACCGCCGCCCUCAGCCCCUCCUUCAG